ACGACGAUUCACAACGAGCGAUAAAAUUGCGACGAGGAGAGUAGAUCGAAUUUUAAAGUUAGGUGCAAAACGUCACGUUCGUGAUGUUUUUAUCGCUUCGAUUUGGCUCGUACUUGACUCGAGCAGUAAGUGGGAAGCAUAGGUUGGACAGUGAGCGCGAACGAGUACGGCUUCAGUUUGCGCCGAGUCCUCAACAUGGGAGUUGUGCUCUUUUGAUGCGUUCUUGCAAUAGAAAGGAGCCUUUUCCUUUUUAUUACUUACUAAGCGCGUCUUUACUCCGCGUUUUCAUGUUUUUGGAUUUCUCUUUAUUAUUAAUGUACAGAAGAGAAACAAGAACCGAUUAAGAUAAUAAAGUAGCAGAUUCAGUGAUUUAUAAAGAAAUAAUUAAACAGUGUAUACAGUGUAUAAAGUUAUUUCUACAAUUUCUUCUUUCAUCAUCAUACUGCCACGACCAAACGUUAUUUUCAGUUCAGUAAUGUCUUUGGAGGAUUCACGGCGUUCUCAACGACCGUACAGGUACGGUAUGGUCCUUUUAUGCGUCGGAGCUCUGAUCAAUUGGUUAGGACUCGCGGAAAAUUAUGUCGAACCAGUCCGAUAUGUUGGAGUCGCUUGCAUAGUAGCAGGGGCACUUUUGAUUUGUGCAGCGAUGUGUUGCUGGUUACAUGCGCCGCCAACUCGGACUACUACGCACGCGCAACAUGCGAAUCAUCCGAUUACGGCCCAGAUUGACGAUCCGAUCCACGUGAUCUCGAUCGACGAACCAUCCAGUGGUGCGAGACAAAAGCCACCGGACUACGAGGCUGUAACCGAUGCGCCACCUAGUUAUGAUGAUGCAAUCAAAUUGAAUCCUGGUCAUUUGAUUAGGCUAAGCACGAGUAGUACGACAGCCUUAUCAACAGAACAUACGAUACCGGGAACCGUUGAACUGGUUCCCGGUGAAACAGUGCGAACACCGCCACCACCAUACGCGAGGUGAAAGGUUUGGGGCAAUCUAUGGUGAUUACGAAAAACAAGGUCUGCGGUACGCUGCAGCUUAGUAAAAGAGACUACCAAGAAGAAGUACAACAAGAGUCUUUUAAAAUUCUUCAUUAUGUGAAUGAAGAAGACAUGUUGUACGUAAUUGUCAAUUUCUGCGAAAACUACCACAAAGGUGAUCUUUCGAAAGAGAUCAACGAUUCGCAUGAAAAUAAAUUAAAAUUAUGAUCCUGUUGAGAAGAGACAAAAUGAGAUAAUGGAAACAAAAUGCAGAGUUUGAUCUUUGCGGACUGAUGUACCUACAAAUGUAUGACUUACUCUUGAUGCGUCGUCGAUCACGCGAUCUGUCACCAUGAAUGUGACAGAAUCCAAAUUCGAAUUUUUUUUCUUUUCUUUUAAAGAACGAUUUAAAUAAACAAUGGAGAUUAUACGA